UUCUAUAGAACGCGAAUCAAGCGACUUGUAUAUUUUUCAUUGAGUAGGAUAUCAAAAUGACUGAUAAUUUCAUAGAAGCAAACAAUUAUUUUACGAAUGGGAACCUUAGGAUGGCUGAAAUCAAAUAUUCAAGCUUCAUUGAUGAUUCGAUUCACCGUUUAUCUACCUUAGAACGUGAAGAUAAUGAGUUAUUAUUGAAAGUAGCAUCAGCCUUGAACGACCGAGGUCAGAUUAAAUACAAAAGAGUUGACUUUGAUGAUGCCAUUGAGGAUUAUACAUUGGCAUUACAACACAAACCAGACUUUAGUGUUGCAUUCUACAACAGGGGUCAAAUCCAUUACAGGCUAGGUCGUUUCCAAGAAGGCAUCUCAGAUUUCCAGAAAGCUCUUGCAAUCCAACCAGACUUUCCCGACUGUAGCCUCGCUCUUCAAACCGCUCAGGCAGACAUGAAAGAGAAGAGAAGUCAAGCACUGUCUAGUUCAUGACACUCCCUAUUCAUGCUGAGUCAGAAGGGAGAGUAGACAGUGAUUUGGAUGUGCCUGGCAUGGAAGCAAGGGAAGGAUUAUAAACUCUUUUGCAGAACAAAUGAGUGAGAAUAGAGAGGUUUUAAUGAAAGCAUAUGGGAAAAUCCGAUAGUAGGUAGAGUAUUUUAGUAUAUUUUUUUGAAAAAAUAAUGGAGGUAGUGGAGAGAAAACUAGAAAAAUGCAUUCAGAUCUCACAGAGAGGAG